AUGAGUAACAAUAACUUAUUCUCCAAUGUAUCAAAACAACUAAGUUCAAACAAUGGAACUACAAAUAAUAAUAAUACUAAUAAUAAUAAUAAUAAAGGAUAUAGUUCAAGAUUUUCAAUAGCGUCCACACUUCCAACCAAUAAAAAUUAUAAUCAAACCGAGAAUUUAGAUUUUCUCUCAAAAAUGAGUAAUACAAAUAAUAAUAAUAAUAACAAUAAUAAUAAUGGUAAUAAUAAUAAUAAUAACAAUAAUAAUGUAAAUAAUAUCAAUGAAAAUAAUACAGUUAAUAUAAAUCAAAUUAUUGAUAAUUCAAGUAGUGCUAGAAAAAGAAAGAAUGUUAGAAUGUCAAUGGGAGGUAGAGUUAGUUUUGCAAAUACAGUGGAAGUUAGAUUAUUUGAAAAGACACAACAAAAUAAUAGAAGGCCAAGUUUAAGAAAUCCUUUUCCUUCUAAUUUAUCAAAUACUGACUCUCAAUCUUUAGAAACACCAUCAAAUACAACAACACCAAAUCAAAAUAUAGUGGGAGUAGAAAAUGAAAAUGAAAAUGAAAAUAAAACAACUGAUAGUAUUGGUGCUUAUACAUUUAGUAGCAUUAGUAGUAUAAAUAGUACAAAUACAUUAUUUAGUAGUAAUAGUGAUAGUGGUAGUAGUGGUAAUAAUGAUGAUAAAUUCUUUUUCAAUAGAGAUGACGAUGAAAAUGAUAAUAGCAAUAAUAGUAAUAAUAGUAAUAAUAAUGAAGAACAAGAUCAAAAAACAAUGGAUUUCACACAAACCUAUGGUAAAAUAUUUGUACCUUUUAUAAAGGAUGAAACUCAACCACUUAGAAUUCAUGAUGCAUCAAAUGAUAGUGGUUUCACUGAUGAUGAUAGUAAUAGUAGUGGUAAUAGUAGUGGAGGAUCAUUAGAACUAACGGAAAAUGAUGAACAAAGUUAUUUAGAUAGUUUACAAAAUGAUGAUUCAAGAAUCAUUCAAACUCCAUCAUUACAAGCCAUUUUAGAAGAAGCUGAAUUCUUAUUUUCAAUUAAAAGUAAAUCACCUUCAAAAUCAAAAAUUACUGAAAUUAAUAAUAAUAAUAAUAAUAACAAUAAUGAUGAUGGAAAUGAAAAUAGUAAUAAAAAAGAAGAUAAUGAUAUCAUUGUAACUGAUGAUGAUGAUGAUGAUGAUGAUGAUGAUGAUGAUGAUGAUGAUGAUGAUGAUGAAAAUGAUGAUGAUAAUAAUAAAAGUAACUAUAAUAAUAAAUCAAUUGCAGAUAUGGAUAUUUCAAGAUACCAAUCAACUAUAAAUUCACCAAUUCAUAAGAAAUCACGUCAAUUAUUAGAUAGUUCAGUCGUUGGUGAUGGUAAAUUAACAUCACUUGAAGAUCUUUUGAAAGAGGAUACUGAAGUUUUAGAUUUUGAUGGUGCUAAUGAUUAUAAACCACCACCACCAUCAACAACAACACCAACAACAACACCAAUGAAAUCUUUAUCAACACCACCAUCUUCUUCUAAAAUAUUCCCAAGAAUUUCAAAUAUUUUCCCAAAUUCACCAUUACCAAGUUUACAAAAUCUAAGAAAGAAAAAUAGUAAUAGUGGUGGUAAUAGUAGUGAAGAUGAAAUUUUAACAAAUGGAGAUUUAGGUGAAAUCAUUAAAAACUUUUCAACUCCAAAACUUAAUCAACUUUAUUCUGAUGAUCAUAGUUUUGAUGAUCAAGAUUUUAAUAUUGUAAAUAAUAAUUAUGAUAAAACUGAUGAUGAAACUGAUGAUAAUAAUAUUAAAAAAUUAAACAAUAAUAAUAAUAAUAAUAAUAAUAAAGACAAUCAGAAAGAAAGUGAAGAAGAAGAAGAUAAUGAAGAAGAAGAUGAAGAAGAAGAUGAUGAAGAAGAAGAAGAAGAAGAAAAUUAUAAUAAUACAACAGUUGAUAGAUCAAGAAUUUAUCAUCAUAAGAAUGGUACAGCAGGUAUUGGUGGUAGAUUAAAAGAAUUAGUAGAAGAUGAUGAAGAUGGUGAUAUUUAUGAUGCCGAACAAAGAGAUAUGACAUUAACUUUAGCUUUUGAUAAAAUUAUUGCAAUGGCUAAUAAUAAAAAUGAUAAUAAUAAUAAUAAUAUUGAAAAUAAUAAUCAAUUAUUUUCAAAUAGUUUAACGACAACAACAACAACAACCAAUGAAAAUGAUUAUUUUAUUGAUGAGAAUAAUCAAGAUCAAAAAGAUAUGACAAUUACAAAAUCAUUUGGUAAAAUAUUAGAAAUGUAUAAUCAAACACUUACUGAUAUGAAAGAAAUGUCAAUUUCAACUCAAAAUAUUGAUAAACUUUUAGAGAAUAAUAAUAAUCAUAAUAAUAAUCAUCAUAAAGGUAUUUGGGAUAAUGAUAAUAUGAUAGCAGAUCCGAAUAUUACAAAUAAUCUUAGAGAUUUAUAUGAAAAUACUACAGUAACUCGUAAUUUAAAAACUUUAGUACAAGGUAGAAAAUCUAUGAUACCAAUACCAUCUUAUUCAAAGGAUAGGGAUAAUAAUAAUAAUAAUAAUACUGGUACAUUUAGAUUCUCUGUUGCAAGAAAUCCAAUGACACCAUCACAUGGUGGUGCUGGUGGUCAAAUGAUACCAACCAAUAGUGGUGGUAGUAAUACAAUGAAUUUAAAUAAAAAGCUAUGGAAUCCUCAAGCUGAUGUAACUCAUAAUUUAAAGAGUCUAUACACAAAUAACACAACCACAAUGAAUUUUGGUAGAUAUUCAAUUGCAAAUCCAUCAAAUUAUUAUAAUAACACAGCACCAAUUAGCACUAUUAAAAAGGAUCAAGUUUUGGACAUGUCAUUCACUCAAUCCUAUGGAGUAUUUUCAAAAUAUCAACCAUUCUCAACUACUAAAUCACCAUUUGUUAAUCCAAAAUCUCAUCAAAAACAACAACAACCACAACAACCACAACUUCCACAACCACAACAACAAUUAUUAUUAGAAUCAAGUGUUACUAGUAUUAAAACUAAUGAAUCACAUUAUCCAAGUUCAAAUGAAGAUAGUUUAGAUAAUCCAUUAAUUGAAUCAACUGCUUCAAACGUAACAAUGGAACAACGUAACCUUUUAUCAAAUUUCAUUCUACAACAACCACAACCACAACCACAAUCAAUACAACAACCACAACUACAACAACCACAACCACAACCACAACCACAAUCAAUACAACCACAACAACAAUCACAACUUCAACAAUCCCAAUCAAUACAAAAGCAACAACAAUCUAAUACUAACAAACAAGUUACACAAGAAUUUAAUUUAACAUCAAGUCAAAUUCAACAAUCACAAUAUCAAUCUACAAUUGCCAAUAAUAAUAAUAAUAAUACUACAAAUAUAUUAAGCACUAACAAUAAUUUUAAUCAAACCACAAAUACUAAUAAUUUUGGAACAUCAAUGGUUACUCGAAUUCAAGAGAUAUCAACAUCAACAAGAAAACAAUAUACACAUUCACCUUCUUUAAUUGAAAGCGAUAUUGGUUUUGACUAUGGAAGAAUUAAUUUUGAACAAAAAGAAAAACAAAUCAACACCAUCACUAAUAAUAAUAAUAAUAAUAAUAUUAAUAAUAAUAAAAAUAAUAAUAAUAAUAAUAAUAAUAAUAAUAAUAAUAAUAAUAAUAAUAAUAAUAAUAAUAAUAAUAAUAAUAAUAAUAACAACACUACAACUAACACUACUACAAGCAAUAAUAAUACAAACAACAAUAUCAACAAUACUGAUAAUAUUCUUGCCAAUGUUUUUGAUAAUAAAAAAUUACCACAAAAGCAACAACAACAACAACAACACCAACAAAAACAACAACAACAACAACAAAAUACAACUAUAAAUACACAAAAAAUUACAAUUCCAAAUCAUAGUAGUAAUAAUACACAUACUACUAAUAUGCAACUUUAUAUUAAUCAUCCAAUGGGUGAAAUAUCAGAGAAUAUUUAUAAUAGAGUUGGUGUUGAAUAUAAUUCUUCAUUUAAAGAGAGUCAUAUUAAUUAUCAUCAUCAACCAAUAUCUUCAAUGGAUUUAGAAGAUCUUCAAGAGAAAAUUGUUAAUAAUAAUAAUAAUAAUAGUCAAAAUAGUAUUAAUCAAAAUAAUUCAAUAAUUGCAACUAAUAUACCAAUUGUUGGAUGUGGAAUAAUUAAAAAGAUAACAUUGCAUGAAUUCCUCAGUUUGGCACAUUGUCAAUUUUUAGAAGAUAAAGCAUCUAGACGUGAUUCAAUGAUUGGUAUGCAAUUUACAAAUGUAUUAGACGAUCAAGAUGAUAAUACCAACAACAAUAAUAAUAAUAACAAUGAUAUUGAAUUUAAAAAGAGAAUUAAUAGUAUUUAUAAUAAUCAACGUCAUUUAGUUAUUUUAAAGAAAGGUUAUGAAGAAUUAAAAACUAUGGUAUCAAAUAUAAAAGAGAGUAAUCGUAUGGAAGAGGAGAAAAUCAAUCAAAAGAAUCCACCAAUCUUUUCAAAUAUUCAAUUGAGUAGUGAAGAACUUUAUGCAAAACAACGUCUAUUAAAGAAUAUUAAAUCAUUUGCAAAACAAAAAGCACAAUUGGCCUAUAAUGAAUGGAGAAAUCAAUUGGAAAUUAAAAUUUAUGAUGAAAUUUUAAAUUCAACUCAUGAAUUAAUUAGUAGUGAAACUAUAUUAAAUGAAAGUAAAAAAUGGAUUGAAAGAAGUAUUAAAACAAUUGAUGAAAAUAUAAAUUAUUUAAUUGAUAUUGAAAAAGUUAUAAAAUUACAAAAUCAUCAAUUAAAUUCACCAAUUUUAUUAUCAUCAAAUAGUAAUGCUAGUGGUAAUAAUAAUAAACAACAACAACCAAAUAAAGAAGAACAAGAACGUGAAUUAUUAUCAAUUUCUGAAUUUACUAAACAAUUUUCAUUAUUUUUCAAUUGGACACCGAUUCAAAUUUCAGAGAAAUUAAUAUUAUUAGAAUUUAAUGGUAAAUUUUCAAUCUCUUUAAUUUUAAAUCAAAAUGAAAUUCAAUCUUCAAAUUUAAUAUUAUUUUCAAAUAUUUCAAAGUUUGAAAUUGAUUUAAUAAAUAAAUCAAAUAUUAAUAAAAUGGUGAAAAGUAUAAAAAAUAUUAAACAAUUAAGUAUUAUAAUACAAGAGAUUAGUUUUAGAAUGUCAAGAUUAAAUACUUUAAUUAAAGAAAUUCAACAAUUAGAAAGACUUUAUAAUAUUAAUAAAAAUCAAGAAUCAAUUUCAACAAAUGUUAAAAAUAAAUAUUCAUUUAAAUCAAAUAAUUUUAAUGAAAUAUCAACAUCAUCAUCAUCAUCAUCAUCAUCAUCAUCAGUAGGAGAAGAAGGAAAAGAAGAAAAUCAAUAUGUUGAUAUUAAAGUUCAAAUUUCAAAUGUUGAAAGUUUAAAGAAAAUUGUAUUAAAUCUUCAAAUACCAUUAUUAUAUCCAAAAGGUAAAAUUGAAUAUGCUUUCACUACAAUCAUUGGAUUUAAUAAUGGUAAUACUCAAGGUUUCAUUAAUCAAAUUAAUCAAAUUAUUACAAGUGAAUUAAAAAGUAAUCAAAGUAAAUCAAAAUUAACAAAAGUUUUACAAUCAUUAGAAAUUUUAAUUUCUUAUUAA